AUGGCUCCCAAGAAGAAGGUCGAGCGCAGCGCGCAGGAGAACAUCUCCCUCGGUCCCCAGGUUCGCGAAGGUACGCGCAUCCCAUAACGCACCCGACAUGGAGGUACUGACAUCCAUUGAACAGGCGAGCUCGUCUUCGGUGUCGCCCGUAUCUUCGCCUCCUUCAACGAUACCUUCGUCCACGUCACCGAUCUCUCGUACGUCUGAGCCCACCAAUCCACGGAAGAGACGACCUGGUAGAAAUACACAUGAUAUGGUAUAAAGGCUAACCUGGGUGAUUCCAGUGGCCGUGAAACCAUCAGCCGCGUGACUGGAGGAAUGAAGGCAAGAUGGCACUUGCCCCUUUUUAUGACUAUCUCUAGCUAACUCGUCCACAGGUGAAAGCCGAUCGCGAUGAGUCGAGCCCAUACGCCGCUGUGAGUAAAGUCAUGGGUGGAAGGCACCACUUCAUGCUGGAGACAACUUCUUACAUUCUACCUCUCGCUUCUAGAUGCUUGCUGCGCAAGACGUCGCUCAGCGCUGCAAAGAGUUGGGCAUUUCUGCUCUCCACGUAAAGAUCCGUGCUACCGGCGGCAAUGGCGUAAGGAAAAUCCAGACCACAGUGUCUCAGACGUCUGCUAACCUACUCCAGACCAAGACUCCCGGUCCGGGUGCUCAGUCGGCCCUCCGCGCUCUUGCACGUUCCGGUACGUUGUUUGCCUCACCUCAGGUCCUGGAUUUUUCGCUAAAAUUUCGACAACAUAGGCAUGAAGAUCGGCCGCAUCGAGGACGUCACCCCAACUCCCUCCGAUUCAACGCGCCGCAAGGGAGGUCGCCGUGGUCGUCGUCUGUGA